AAAAGGGCGCGUGACCACCAUUGUGACCAGCUAGAGAGAAAGAGAUUAAAUUUGUUUGUUUACUACAUAUAUAACUGUUGUUGCCUGAUUUGCCUCCUUUCGACCUCUCUUUCACCGAAAGAAGUCUGACAGGGCACAGGGAGCAGAGGAUCGAUAUGUUGUUGAUUCAAGUAACUGUACGUGAUCAUACUGUGUGGAAUCCCGAUUUCUCUAACCUCCCGAUAACUCGAACCAAAAGUCGUUUCCCCUCCUCAAUAAAACACUGUAAUUUCACCCCCGAUUUCUGGGAAUCUCAGUUUUUCGAACCAAUUUUCGUUUCCCUUGGAGGUUCGAAAAAUCGGGAUUCCACUUUACAUGCAUCGUGUUACGCGUCUGUUGAAAUCUUUUAAAUCAACAACAACUCGAUUCGCGCUACAAUUUUACGGUGAAUUUAACGGGAAAUACGGUCAAAUACGACUCCUCUGCUCCCUACAGGCAGUGAUGUUCAUCUAUCUUCGCAAAAUGUUUUUGACUUAAGUGUAGGCGAAACAACUUUAAUGUAGGCGAAUCGACUCAGAUCGUGUAGGCGAAACGACUUCGGUCGCGUAGGCGAAACGACUGACAUCCGAUUGUGUGCUUUAAAUAUAUAAUUAAAUAUUGUAUGUACGUGAGCCCGGUCUGUUGUCUUCCCUCCCCCAUCAUCAACGAUCUACUCGUUAACUCGCCUCCUCGUUCCUAUGUGAUCAUAGCCACGAGGUUUAGCCACGAGGGUGUUCAUUUAUAAACCGCGCGGCCUCGGCCGAGCGUGGUUCUUCGCCAAGCUAUUUCCAGUAGAGGUGGAAAGAAAAUUUGAGAGCUGGUUUUUGAGCUUCUUGAGUUGUAAUUUUAUGACGAACCAGUCUGAGGCGGCGAAAUGUGUUGGGUAAUAACAAAAUAAGCCCUUGUGGUAAGUUAAGGUUUUACAUUUACAAUUUUCUUUUGUGCUCAAAAUUUUCACGAUGGACCUUUCGCGAAUUUUGUCAUUUCACCAAUUAUUCCUACGAGAAAGAUUUAACAUGCGCCCUCGCGGCCCUUCAUUCGCGUUCACCUUUGGUGCAACUGUGGUCGGUACCGGUCACCUUGGGAUCACUAGAAUGUGCAAGGUCUGCCGCUUUAAAAUAAGUUUCAUUUGUGUAAAGUAAAAUUCUGUUAACAGAAAUUCAUGCACGAAGAUGCAAAAGCCUCAACCCGAAGAUGAAAAUUUCGUGGAAUCCUCAAGAAUUCUCUCACGCAGCACGGACCAAGAAUUCGUCGAGGAGACAGCUGAGACAGCUGAUCAGAUCGGCGGUGGGGCAGACAUGGAAUUUGUGCAGACACAGUUCAGCCCGAGAGGUGUUUUGCUGUUGCAUUUUCGAGGGGACGCGGCUGCAGAAGUGGACAAGCAUUUUAACAGGACUUUUUCGGAGUUGUGCCGUUUACCCGACUCAAGUGCAUCGAACAGCAGAAUGGAGAGCUCGCAUUGGCAAGGUGUGUACAUUUGUAACAAGUCGGGAACGCCAUUGCGCUUUUUUUUUCAGAAAAAAUUUGUCGCACGUAGAUUUUCACAUCAAACUGAAACACGUUGUAGUAAAAUUUAUUUAACCACAGAAAAUGGGCAAACUUGUGUUUGUCACGUUCGCAAAUUUAAACCUCAUAAAACCGCUGUCUGUACUAUUUAUUUGUUUGUUUGUUUAUUUAUUUAUUUAUUUGUUUGUUAUUUAUUCAUUUCAGAAGCACCAAGCCGUCCCAUGUCUCAAAGGAACCUUCCAGUCUCGUUUUUUAAUCCGUCUCAAACGGACCAGUCCCAGCACCUGCAAGGAGCCUUCAGUCACAGUGGCAAGCCAAUACAUGCGUUUCAACAAAAUCAUAACACAAUGACCCAUUGUAACAGAAGCUGUCAUUCAACGGGUCACCAUGGAAACUACGAUCAAAACAGGCCACAUUUCGAUUGCACGAGAGAUAUUCCAGUCUCUUAUACUCAGCUACCAACAGGGGUGGUGAAAGGUUUCUCCCCAGGGCUGGCGCCGCAUAUGCCUGCAGAGCCCUGUCGCGCACCCGUGCCUUCGUUUCCGCUGACGACUGCUGUGCAGAACAACGAUUUGCAGCCGUCUUCCUUGAGGUUCAACCCUCGCUACAACUCUCUUCUAGUUCAACCCGACGUGAAGCCUCAUUUGCCGGUUGUCCCUGGAGAACCAACGCGCACAAAGAUUGAGGAAAGGGGAAAAGAUCUCGAGGAAUUCCCAGGAGAAUUGCUAAUGAGCAAAGGAGAACACUAAAAAGAAAAAGGUCAAAGUAAUUGCGCUUUGUCACGAAAGAAGUUUACACUAGUCAACGGGCAAGCGCUCCGCCUGUUUGUAGCAUAAUGUAUGUAGAAAUGUCUCUAAACGUAACAUUUAGUAACUUGCUAAGUGUUGGGCAAUAAAAGAAUGUAUCCUUUUGCGCAUUUCUAUCAAGUAACUGAUCUGCAUACUUCCAAAAGAUAUGUAGUGCGUGCUGAGUUUCUGAAUAAAAGAAAAACGCUGUUUUUUUUGCAGCGGAGUGAGGAAACAACAACCAUGAACAGAAAUUAUGACGGGGUGACUUUAACCUUGGAGACCUGGUGCGGGCCGGGUAGAAGAACAACGUGCCGAACGUCUCGAAAAUUUUCGUGGCGUGCCUCGGUCCCGCACUAACUGCCCCCGCAACCCAGCAUGGGUCUCCCAGGAUGGGCUAAAUCUGAAAUGUGUAAAGAAAUUCCUGUUUCGAGCCCUCCAGGUGUAUCUCUUUUAAACUAGGAAGUUCGAUGCGCGGAGUCAAAUUAAAUUAUUCAGUCUGCAUAACAAUCCCCGCCUAGAACCGCGAGCGGUAGCCCGACUCGCUAAGCGCGACUCCGACCGAACUCGGAGAUCGCGAAGUGGUCAUGAUAUCACCACCGAAAGAGAUGCUGGAAAAAAAAGAAAUAAAUAGAUAAAGAACUCGGCAAAAGAACUAGCUGAUACUCGGUCAAGGCAUGUUAAGUUCAAAUUGCAAAUGAUUUAUUUUGACAGACUUAAUAACGAGUUUCCAAACUCCAGUGUGAUUAUUCCGUAUGCAAAGGUCUGAAAACGCAUCAAUGAUAUUUUUAAAUCGAUGUAUAUGUAAUAGGUUUACAAAUGUCAGUUGUCAGUUAGCGCCAUCCGCACCCUAAAAAGAAAGAAAUCAGCUGAGUUUGUUUUAGCCAAUCAACCCAACUCAGGUUGAUGAACUUCGUUCAAUUAUCUGUAAAUACAGUUUGGGUAUGGGUCUUGGCGGCUGGCUGUUUUAUCAUGACAAAAAAGCCUUUUCUUUCGAUCGACACUCCGAGAAAAUUCUUUAAUGCGUUUUUUCCCUCGCGUUCCUCCGCCAUUUUGGAAUGGUAAAUAGAGGGGAAAACUUCUGAUGCUGGCUGACUGCUGGCGCAAGUACUACGUGACAAAAUAUAUUUGUUUUCCUAUUUCCAAAAUAUUUUUCUGCAUUUCGACGAUUCUUGAAUUUGGAAAUUAGUUUCGGAUUUGUAAAAAAUUAUUCGUGAAUACAAUAAUUUUAUUGAGAUUUGCAACAGUUUUAUUAGAUUUGAUAAAUUGUUCAAAAACGAUUUCCAAAAAAAGACAUUGCGGUU